AUAAUUAUCAAUGCAAUCUUUUCGAACAACAAAAAUGGAACGUAACUAUUGUUGUUUUAUUUAUAGGAGUUCGAGACAAAUUAAAAGAGCCAUUUUGGAGAACGAAUUCCUGGGUAAUCUCGAAGAGAAUCAAGUUGAGGCACUCGUCUCCGCAAUGUAUCCCAAACAAAUUCCAGCUAAUACUCUAGUUAUCCGAGAAGGUGACAUAGGUUCGCAUUUGUAUGUAUCCGCGGAAGGAGAAUUUGAAAUUUACCAAGGAAGUAAAUUUCAAAGACGCUUCGGGCCGGGGAUUGCAUUUGGAGAGAUUGCUCUUUUGUACAAUACAAAAAGGCUUCGAUCUAUCAAUGUAAAGACAAAUGGAAAAGUAUGGGUAUUGGACAGAUCGGUAUUUCUCACUAUAAUGAUGAGAACAGCCCAAGAACAACUGGAAGGCAAUAUUCGUUUUCUUCAACGCGUUUCCGUUCUCCAAAAGCUUCCCGAACCCAAGGAUCAUGUGCUCGCGAAAAUAUCUGACCUCAUAAGAAUAGAAUUCUUCCCGGCUGGAGCGAAAAUAUUGCGGCAGGGCGAGAAAGGUGAGAAAUUUUACAUAAUCAGCGGUGGUAACGUACGUAUUACUAAGGAUACCGAAUACGGAGGCGAGGAGGAACUCGUGGUCCUCGGUAAAGGAGAUUAUUUUGGUGAAUUGGCUCUCUAUGAUGACGGAGGUGAACGACGUGCCAACGCGAUUGCACUCGCACCUGGUGUCGAAUGUCUGACAUUGGAUAGAACGUCAUUCUUAAACUAUCUGGGCAGUCUAGACGAAAUUCGUAAUAAGGAUUGGUUAGCAGAGUAUGAGAAGCAGAAACGUUCAUUGACUCCGAAAAAGUGGACCAAUGAAUAUGCAAAUUUGACCUUAGCUGAUCUUGAAACGAGAGGAACGUUAGGAGUGGGUGGAUUCGGACGCGUCGAACUAGUCACGCUUAAAUCCGAUCCGAACAAAAGCUUCGCUUUAAAGAAACUCAAAAAGAAGGUCAUGGUCGAGCAGCAACAACAAGAGCAUGUGCUAAACGAGAAACACAUUAUGCAAGCGUGCGAUUCACCAUUCAUAUGCAAACUUUAUCAGACAUACAAAGACAGCAAAUACGUCUAUUUCCUGAUGGAAGUAUGUCUCGGAGGAGAUGUGUGGACGACUCUGCAAAAGAGACGCUACUUCGACGACGCUACAGCUCAAUUUAUGGUCGGUUGCGUGGUGGAAGCCCUCGAUCAUCUCCAUUCGUUAAAUAUCGUUUAUCGAGAUCUUAAACCCGAGAAUCUUAUGCUCGACAUGCGCGGCUAUUUGAAAUUGGUGGACUUUGGUUUUAGUAAAAAAAUUGGUCCGGCCAAAACAUGGACGUUUGCUGGCACACCCGAAUACGUCGCACCGGAAAUUAUCUUGAAUAAAGGCCACGAUAGAGCGGUGGAUUACUGGGCCCUUGGUAUCUUAACGCACGAGCUUCUCAUCGGUAAACCGCCUUUCCGAGGAUCCGAUCAUAUGACAACUUAUAAUAAAAUCUUAAAAGGAAUUGAAAUGAUCGGUAUACCAAGCAUUGUCAAUAAAAACGCUAAUAAUCUCAUUAAGAAGCUACUUCGUUUAAGUCCCUCGGAACGAUUAGGUUAUCAACGAAACGGAAUACAAGACAUCCGCGAUCACAAAUGGUUUUCCGGAUUCAACUGGCAAGCACUUCGAAGAUUAGCUCUGCCGGCCCCUAUCGUACCAACGGUGCGACAUCAACUCGACACACGGAAUUUCGAAAGAUAUCCACCAGAUCGUGAUAUUCCACCAGAUGAAUUUUCCGGUUGGGAUAUUAAUUUCUAAGAAUAAAUUAUUGAUAUAAUAGAACUAUAUAAAUAAUAGAUAAUUAAAUAACACGAUUUUUGUGCUAUAAAAAAAAUUUUCUUGACCGUUCAUUUUAAUAAUCAAAAUAAAAAGUGUCAGCCUUUUAUUAACUGUCACAACAAAACAGUAAUGUGAUAAAGAUAUGAAAUUUAAAAUUGUAUCGAUAGAAUUUCGAAAUAUUAGAAUAAGUAGCUACAUAAACGAAUUAACGUUUCUGCCAAUGAUUUGUGCAAUAUCAAUUAUUAAUUAAUUGAUAAGUAGUAAUACCUUUCACGAAAAAUUUUAGCUUCAAAUUGCGUGUGUGUGUGUAAUUCAUUUUUUUAUAAAAUGUUUAAAUUUUUCCUCCCUAAAAUUAUUUAUAAAAUUUGUUAAAAGUAAUUAAUAACACAUAAAAUGUUGCGCUAAUUAAAACAUUAUUGAUAAUUUACUUAUGCAAUUAAUAAAUUUUCCAGUUCUGAUACAUAUAUAACAGGCAAAUAAUACAUAAAGAAUAAAAAAAGUUAAUAAUGUAAAUAAUUAUAUUAUUUUUUCGUAAGCAAUUAUUGAGAUUCCGGUGUACCUUAUAUAUAAUUACAGAUGAAUAUACGUAUUCUUCUAAUAUAGCGAUACUCCGUUUUGUACAGAAAAAUUAAUAAUACGAUAUUGCGUAUAUGUAUGUGUAUAUAUAUAUGUGUGUUGAUGUACUAUAAAUUAUAUUCUUUCCAAUCAUAACAAUACGUUUAAAUUGUAAACUUGGUUUGAAUUUUACUAAUGUAAAAUAUGUUUACACAUGUGAUCACACGAAGUAUCAGCACAUAAUUGUGAAGUAAUAACGUCACAUUUUGAAAUAAAUAAUUUUAUAAUUA